AUGGUCGUCUUAUUAUUCGUCCUCGUCGCACCGAUCGCCGUCCAAACUUUCUCAUUAAUCAAAAAAAGCGAAGUUUGCCUGACGGAAGACAACGUGCCACUAAACUGUGAGUCCGAGUCCAUUCCGCGCUAGCUUGGGACGCUAAGGAGGCGUGUCCUGUCUGCGCUCUCCCGUGCCUUAUCGUGUCAGGACCCGUUUUUUCUAUGGCUCAAGCCAGCCGUGAAUCAGCUAUAGCCAUUUCCGCGCUAGCUUGUCACAAUUUUUAUCUCCCACCGAGGUUCAGAACUCUUCCCUUCGAUGCGCGCGGUCCACCUUUGCGCAUGCGCCUUUAAUUUAUCCUAACAUUUCAGCUUAUUUAAAGGCGCAUUCAUUGAGAAAAGCCACGCGCAUCGAAGCGAAGGGUUCUGUAGCUCGGAGAAAAACGGAAAUCGUGACAAGCUGACCCAAAAUCAGCUGUUAUUUAGUUCGGAAAAAGAAAAAAAUUGAUAACGUUAAUAACUUUCCAGGCCCGGAAAACUUCUUCUACUACUUCGAGUGUUGUCAAAAUGAGUGCUGCGUUCGAACACAGGUCAGAAAUUUAACCUUUUCAGGAAAAUAAAGAUUCAAGUUUCAACUAAAGGACAAAAAAUACAAUUGAAAAAACGUUGGAAGGUACUUUUUCAUGAAUAUAACUGAAAAGCUGAAAAAUUGAAAAAAAUAACAUCUUUUUUGGCCAAAAUCAACUUUAAAAUAAAAUUUGCUUUUCGGAAACAAUCAACGCUUUUUCUUGUAAGGAUGGCAAAAAGACUUUCAAAAUUUUUUCUCCGAAAUUCGCUACGGGAAGUCUCGGUGUUACGACAAGAGAGAUUUUUUUCAAUUUCCGCUUAUUUUUUUAAGAACUUUUUUUCUUUAACGAAUUGAACUGUAAAGACAGUAAUCAGUUAAAAUUUAGUACAUAUCAAUAUUAAUUCAUUAGAAAAAUUUAAUUAAAAAAAUAAGAAAAAGAGAUUUGAGAAAAAAACGCGCUCACGGGUGAAUCGGGAGGUAGAUACAAGUAGGUACCGGGUAGCAACUCAAGUCAAUCGGCGAAUGCUAAUCGGUGGUCAUUUGUAUGCGACCGGGUACUAUCUCAAUGGUACCUGGAUAGUACCUGAUCGGUAUCUCAAUGCUACCGGGUAUGUACCUGAAAUUCGCGAUUGCCACUGGCUGGCACAUCGGUCGUUUAUAUAGCAUCAGUGUUUUUUUACACCUUCCCAAGCCUUCCAGGGUCUUAUUGGAUGAAGCUGACACAAAAAAUAACGAUCCGGGAAGCAAUUUCAGACUUUUCGGUUGAAAUCGCGAAUGUCGGGUAGCUACCCGGUAGCUACUUGCAUCGACAUCCGAGCCAGGUACCAUAGAGAUAGUACCCGGUCGCAUACAAACGACCGCCGAUUACCAUACGCCGAUUGACUUUUUCAAAAGUUGCUACCCGGUAGCUAUUUGUAUCGACUUCUCGAUUCAUCUUUGAUCUUACUUCAACUUCUGUUUCAACUCGGACCCGUGGUAACGAAAAUCGGACGCGCCCGGACGUUUCUAAACGAUUCUAUGGAUCACUUAAGAAGGCUGAAGCUACCGAAGUGGUCACUAGAAAUGCUCCGACACGUCCGAUUUGCGCCUGGCUUUACCAAGACCGAUUUCCCCUUCAAAACCAAUCGAAAAUUGAACUAUUUGCAGACAAUCCCGGCGAUCGUCAUCACUUUGAUCGGAAUCCUCAUCUUCUUCGUUUGCAUCCUCGCCACAUGUGCAUUCUGUUGUUGCGGUGACUAAUCUUUUUCUAUUUGUGAGAGAAUUUCUAAUUAUUUUCUAUAAUAUCUUUUCUCAACAUCCUAACUUCAAUCAUCUACAAUUUUCAGUUUUCAAAUGCGACGGUUCCACCACGAAGCGCCUUUACAACAGCCUUUUUGUGAAAAACAAAAAGAGCAAAACUGGAAGGACCGACUCGGUUCAACCUCUAAUUUUGACAGUUAAAGAUUGAUCCAAAUUUGUUCAUCCGUCGCCUCUUAUCAUUUCGAAAACGUUUUUACUUAUUUUUGUUGGAUCUCGUUGCCUCACUAUGCCUUCUUCUAUUCCAGGCCUUUGUAUCUUUGUCUUUCAUUUUCGGGAAAUGGUCGACAUGUAAAAACCCUCUUUGUAAAUAUUCUCAUUCAUUUUUUUCCGUAUCCGAAUGAAUGAAUAUUACUUGAAACAUUCUCAAAACAAUCAAAACAAGGUCUUCUUCGAACAAAGGGCCAAGAAAGGAGGGAAAAACCGGAACCACGCAUUUCCAACAGUUGUUCGUUGUAAUUUGCGCCGCUCAUUCUCAUUUUCCGUUCUCGACUUUAUCAGUUAUGUCGAGAUUCCAUCAAUUUCUCCAAUUCUUUGUGGUUUUUCUACUCGCAGAAGCUCAGGAUAAUCCGGCAGACUUGGAAUUCUCGCCGUUUGUUUUCAAACACGUUGAGAUUCCAUUCAAAAGCGUGAGUUUUCGCCAAAAAUUUUGAGAAAAUGGUUGAUAUUAGUCUAUCCUUGUUUUUAAAACUACGAAACUGACAACAAGUAAAUUAAUAAAAAUAAAAAAAGAAAAAAAUCUCAAUGUUCUGUUUUUUUGAAAGAAAAAUUUUUGCGUUAAGAGGUUUAUUAACCUUAUUUCUGAUUGAUAAUGAGUUUAAAAAAAUCUAAAAAUAAAUUCAGAACAACUACGCGAAAGAUUGGCUGGGGUCUGAUGUGGCGCUUGUUCAACAUCCCUUAUUAGGUAUAUUUUUAACUUCCAGUUUUCAUUUCAAACCAAAAAUGGAAGAGAAUGAGCAAGAAAUCAAUAAUAAAAAAACAGCCAAAGGUUCUUGAAAAAACCAAAAUUCCACAUAAAAUUAAUGACUUUUUUCCAAAAAAAACUCACACGAAGCUGCACUCAAUCAUAAAUUCUAAUUUUGCAGCACCCGGAAAACCGGUGAAGCCAGGUAAUCCAGUGGCUCUGCCAACAAUCGCGCCUCUUGUCGUCAAAUGGAGCGAUCUCGACAACCUGAAAGUGAACCAAGAAGUCGGAUGGAACUUUGAAAAACGCGUCGAUUCACAUGUCUGGUGGCCCAAUAAGAAAUGA